CGGCUUCCGUAGUAGAUUCCUUCCUCCUCUUUUUCCUUAUUGUGGCAACAUGGAUCUCCGUAUCACCUUUAUCGCGCUGUUUAGGAGCUAAUUUUGUCUUGUCUGGGAGUUAGCGGCCUUUUUCCGGGUUCCUUCUCUCAUCUGAACACGAUGUUUAUCACCACCGGCUCUCGGGGCCUGUACAAGGCUCCUCUGUGUAAAGGUCUCCUGUUGAUCCUCAAUGGGCUGACUGUGAUGCUGACCCUUCUGCCUCAGUACCAGGACAUGUUUGUGUACAGCCUGCAUGCUGUGACACACCAGAACCAGGUGUGGAGGCUGCUGUGCUGCAGGCUGAUCUGUCUGGAUGUGAAGGACUCCUUCUGCAGCAGCCUGCUCAUUUACAACUUUCGAAUUUUUGAGAGGAGGUUUGGAACCCGGAAGUUUGCCUCAUUCCUGCUGGCUACCUGGUUUCUCUCUGCACUGGCGGACUUCCUUUUGGCCCAGGCCUUCCAGUACCUGUUUGAAUAUGAGGUGGAGGAACUACCAGCAGGACUGCUCGCUCCAGUCUUCUCUCUAUUUGUGCCUUUCUACCAGUCAGUCCCCAGAAUGCCAGUCACUCAAGUCCUGGGCCACAUCCAGAUCACCAACAAAACUCUGGUUUACAUAGUAGGCCUGCAGCUGCUAACUUCCAGCCCCUUCAUGUGGCUCCUUGCGUUGAGCGGACUGAUCUCAGGAGGAUUGUACCACUCCAAUGUCCUCUGGUUGCAGAAGAUCCUGUUUGUUCCUGCCUGGGUAUCUUGUGUUGGAAAGUACACCCUGGAGCCUCUCCUUUCCAGUUCACAGCCGACUGAUGAGACGCCUCUGGGGAUGGGGGCCACCCUAGACAUCCAGAGGCAGCAGAGAAUGGAUCUGCUUGACCAGCAGAUGCUAAUGGCACAAUACGAGACCAGAAGGAAUGCCAGACAUCAGCCACAGGCUGGGUUGUUGCAGUGGACCAGGUUAUUCCCUUCUUUGAGACACAGAGGACGGAAUAGGCCUCCAGUGCAGCCCCAACCUCAGGCCCAGACACACCAGUCCACACAGCCACCGCUGCUGGAAAACUCUCCCAUUGCAGAGGAACAGGUUGCACUGUUAGUGGAAAUGGGUUUUUCCAGAAUCGACGCCCUGGAGGCCCUCAGAGCUUCAAAUAACGACAUCAACAUGGCAACUAACUUUCUGCUGCAGCACUGAGGGGAAGGAUAAAUGAAAAUAAGAUGUAUACAGACAGCAAAAUGUAAGGAAAACAGAGAAAAGCUGUUGCACCGAACCAAAAAGCGAAAAUGCUGGAGAAUUAGAGUGAAGUCAAAAGAAUAUUUUAGAGAUAAAUUGCCGGCAGUGCCUCUGCUCCUUGAAGCAAGGUUGAGCAAAGGUUACCUGAACCAAGGCCCACUGUAGUCUGGUUCAUGGAAGAGCUUAAAGCACAAGGUGAAAGAUGUUUGCCACAUUUUGCUCUUUUUCUGUGAUUCUAGAGAAAAACUGAGCGCUGAAGCAAAGCAGACAAACUAGAGCUCUGACUCCAGUGAAUAGCCUGCAAGCAUAAUUAGACAUGCAGGUUUUAGAUAUCUAUAAAACAUGUGCUUCAAAUACCAACUUUAAUCAAGAUCUCAAAGAAACACUGAAUGUUUAACAGAUCCAUCACAUGGAUGCCAAGUUAAAGUUGUCUAUGAUGCUGCUCUAUCUAUCCAGAUGUCCUAUUUUCAAAAUGGCUCCAUGUAGGUGAAAUUAUAUAUUAUAUAAGAAAGAAAUAUACUCCUUUUUGAAAGAAUGCGUCAGAAUUAUUAUGCAACUUUUUUCUCUCACCCUCACACUGUAAUCAAUAAGCAGAGACCUUUGGCCUGCCAUUGAUUGGUGGAAGUGUAAAGGGAUCUGAAGGACAUGUGGCAAGUGACCCAUUUCACUGGCUGUGGUUCAUAGAUGUAGCGCAGCUAAUCUUUUUUUCUGGUUUAGAACUUAGGCAGAAGCAGACCGUUAACUAAACGAGCCGUACAUCUUUGGAGCCAAGCGGUAUAUUUCAACUCUUGUGAUGCUGGUUAGAGAAGCUUUCUCAGGGUCUGUGAGGCGACUUCUUGUCUGUAACAACACCUUUAGCAGAUGAGCUUCAGCCCAUUCGGCUUUAUUUAUUUUGUCUUAAUGUGUCUUUUCUUUUCCUUUUUAUUUUAUUUGUUUGCAAUUUGGUUUGAUUGGUUGAUCUUAUAGCUCUGUUGAUAUUUAAUAUGCAAUAACAUGACAAGACAUUUAGGGAAACUUUGCACUGCGUUUUACCUGUUGUGUCCUUGAACAUAGAUGCACAAGUAGUUGUAUUGCAGCCACUGUGUAUUGAUGUCAAAGACAAAUGCUAAUAUUAAAAUUGUUGCAUAAUAACAUAUGACCACUGAUCUAAGUCACUGAUUUGUAAUUAUAAGAUCAAAGCUGUAAUAAAUGGCAGAGAUGUGGGAUGAGUUGCGUUAUGUUGUAUUGUAAUGGUUCAAAAAUUGAUGUGUGAAAUAAAAAAAGAAAGUU